CCCAUACAGGGACCCGGUUGCGGUCUUAAAUGGCCUGCAACAGUGAGCGUUCCUGCUUUCAGCUAGAAGAGCCAGCAAGCCAGUGCUGGCAAAUAGGUAAUCCAGCAUUGUUUUGUUUUUUAAUACUAUAGGAUCAGGAAUACACGUGUUCUUUUAAUAUAUGCUCAUAGGAUCUUCCCAACCGCCAUUCUCAGCUUGCUUUCUAGUGCAUGACUGAAUGGUAUAAAAAGUAAUGUACUAGCGCUAAUAUUUUAUAAUAGGAUUUAUACAAUAAUAUACCUAAUAUUUAAUAUAUAAGCUGCUAUACCACAGUGAUAUUAUCUUUUAGUAUUACAAUCCAAAAACAGUCUAAUGGUGAAGCGCUAAUUUAACAGUGAAAACUGUGCUUAGUAGUAUCAUGGGACACAGUGAAUAAAAGGAUAUACCUUAAAAGGGUUCACUACUGUGGAAUCUUGGUGCGUGAAUAGUGUCAUGACUGAAUGGUGCAAAGCACACUUUUGUAUUGCAGUUUGCUAUUUAGUCAGCAGGGCCCAGCAGCAUAAUGUUGCUCUCAUCGGGGAUAAAAUUACCCAAGAGUUUCCUCUCUUGGUAUCAGAAGUGGACACUAGAUACAUGAGGCCACUCUUUAAAAUAUAUAUAUAUAUAUAUAUAUAUAUACAUACAUACAUACACACACAGGAAAUACUUGCCAUUUGCAUGCACAUUGGGAACCGGUCUGAUCCUGCUGCAAAUACUGACUUCUCUAGUGACUGGGUUUAUAGAAGAAGGGGACACAUAUAUAAUUAUGUUUGGCAUUUAUAUAUGAGUACCAUUAAAUUUGGGUAAUAGUAACAACCCCAGAAUGUACUUGGAAACCAGAGUAAUCUGGAUGUACCUUUACUGGUUAAAUGUGUUAUUAUUUAUAGAACGCCAACUUAUUCCUCCACGUUUUACAGUAUUAUAAAAGGGGGAAAUUUAACAAUAAAUUAGACAAUUACAAAAUGUUAGUCUUUUUUUAUUUUUACCCAAACAAAAAGUACUCUUUCAAAAGGUUUUCUUUUGAUAACCCUAAACAAAAAGCAAUAUUGACAAAAAGGCCUCCAUAGUCACCACAAAUACACCAAAUAUUGGUAAAGAAUUGAUCACUAAAGGGUUAAACAGUAAAUUCAAUUAAAUUGAAAACUAAAGCAACACUGUAUCAUUCGGAAUAUAAACCUGUAUUCCUAACUCUAUAGUGCCUAGUUCCUAUUUAGAUUCUGUCCCCUCACCUCUUUUUUAUUUGCUGCAAAAUAAAAGGGAAAAAAAACAAAACUUUAAACUUACCUUUUUUUUUUCCCCCAAGCACGAUUUCCUUGGUGCUACUACCCACUGUACCAACGGCAACAACAUUGUGGAGGUGUCUCUACCACAAUUAAUGUCCAAUCCAAUGCUCCUCACAGAAUGUAAUGCUCUCCUAUGAGCUGCAUUUGGUUACAUGACUAAGUUUCACUUGAUUUAAGCUGUGGAAUAACCUAUAGUACAGGGAUGCAGCUAGGAAUUACAGGGCCAUCUUACGCUUAUAUAUAUAUAUAUAUAUAUAUACACCGUAUAUACAUACACGCACACACAAUUUAACCAGCACGCACUUUCACUGACAGACACACGCUCACUACAAAACAAUAGGGAGGGCCAGCACUCCACUAGAAAUUUGGGUGAGGAAGAGCAGGAACAUCAGCGCUCCCUUGCUGCCACCGAUUCCUACGGAUGCUGUAAAUUUUGGCAGAGUAGGCAUCUGCCAUUCGUAUAAGCAGGUGCUUACUCUGCCUUAGUGAAUAUACGCCACAUUGAUGGAAUCUUAAUGUGGUCAGCCUGUCGCCUCCUGUGCCACCUGAGACAGGCGGAAAGCAGAGGACCCCGUCACACUUGCGACCUCAGCGCCCCCUGUAGUUCCGCUACUGCUCUAGUAGUUGUCUGGAAGUCAGUCACUAUAGGUGUAUUUACAGAGACUAGAGACAAUCUCGAUUCACAGCUAACCUCCAAUAUGAGGAGCAUUGGAUUGGACUGUUAUAUGCAUUGGCGUGACACGACAGGAAGCAGGAUCAGCAGCUGCUGGGACUGGAUCUUAGCACUGGAAAUAAGAAUAAGUAAUACCCCAUUUCCCCAAUUUUUAGAUUUUGGAGUUGCAUCGAAAUAAAGAGAACGCAAUUCCUAAUGCUAUAGUGUACCUUUGAUCCUGCAGUGUAAAUGUUGCAGGUUCUACAAAACAUUUAUCAGACAGCUACUAGAGGCGCUUCCAGGAGUUUACCAGCCAGGGGAGGAGGGCAGGGUACCAGAGGGCACUAUAGUGUUAGGAAUAUACGUUUGUAACUCUAACACUAUAGUUUCCCUUUAAGUAGUCUGGGUAAGUUGAGUGAUCUUUUAAAUUGCACAUUUUACAACAAAAUAGUAGAACUGGAAAACAUCUCCAAUUUACUUGUUUUCCCAAGUGUCUUAUUUAGACCUAGUACAUUUAGCACUACUUAGUAAUAAACCCCCGACCGUCGUUACUGUGUUAUUGCUGCACCUCCGGGUAUCUGAGUGCCAGGGUUUUGCCACUAGUUAAUAUGUCCGCCAGCUACUCGCGUGUUGAUGACGUAGAAUGGUUGCGAUACCACUUGCAGAGGGGAGAGCUAAAUACUGUUACAGUAAUAUUUUUUGGAGGUAUGUUGGAAACCUUGGAUGGAGGGCAGCAAUGGGAAGUUUUACGCGUUGAUUUACUGUAUUUCACUUCAUGAGAGGCAUGGUCUGUUAGGAGCUGCUCUUAAUAAACAUUACCUACACAUGCAUUAUAAUCAAUAGUACUCCUACCCACUACAAAAUACUGACACACUAUACUAAUAUAUAAACUACAUAUUAGGCUCAAUAAAUAAAGUCGGUAAUUUUACUUCGAUAUUAUUGCCGUUCUUUAGUGUGGAAUGUGGAACUAUACAGGAACAUAGUCCACAGAGCCACAGAGAAUCCAAUCAGUACUUCUGGCCAGGUGACAUCGUACACACAGCUUGGAACUAUAGUGGGAAAGGCAUUUUCAAGCUUGUGAUUCCCCCUAAUGUUGAACUGUGCUAAGUACUUUAAUGUUAGAGACACUUAAAGCUGUUGGAUAGAAUUGCUAGAAUACCAUUUUCCAGGACACCUGUGUCUUGCUGUGGGGUUGUACACGAGAGUUUAAUCCAGCUGUAUAUAACAUUUAUAUUCCACAUAAAAUACAUAUAUCCCUGUUGUCUUUGCGAACUCUUUCCAGAAUUGUUGGCACGUUUUUCUCUCCUGCAGCAAGCUCACAAUACAUAAUGUCAGGAAGUCGACACUCGUAAUUUAGAUUGCUCCAUUUUGCUAUUUAUUAUAUUAUGCUAUGACUGUGAUUUACAAACGCCUUUGUUGUUGUGAGUUUUGAUGAUUUUUUUUUUUUCCAGAAAUUUCCUUCAUAGAAUUAAGUAUUUCUAUUAAAUCAACUGGCUAUGGAGAAGGGAGCAUUACAGUUUUCAGAAUGGAAUACAGGCAAGAGGCGGAUUAGAUAUAUGUUUAUAUGCCCUCCCUGUUCUUUUAAAUUAUAUCAUGGGCAUCAUGGAGAGGUCUGUAUUACUAAUUUUAUACUUGUUUAAAAUCAUUCAUAGGUUUGCCAAUAAAAAUGUGUCAGGCUUGAUGGUUAGACUAAUUAUAUAGAUGCAAUGUAAAUCUGCCCCAAAAAAUGAAAAAAAAAAAAAAAAACAUUAGAAAUGGUUAUACGUUUUCAAAGUAACUGCUGCUGAUAAUGUCCUGGAGGAUGGCCAAAGAAGAAACUACAGAUUCUCCCUUCGAUGUCAAGGGGGAAAAAAAGCAAUUUUAGCAAAUCACAGCAUUCAUAAGCAACUUUUUGCAAGGGGACAGAGGAUCUCCUUUCACCAUAACCUGUGCAACAAACUAUUACGUUAUGGUGUUUGUAGUGUGUCUUAUAAAAUUGAAUUGUUUAUUAAAAGAAAAGUGCUUUGUAAAUUUAAAUGUGUGAUAGUAUCAGGCUUUAGAGUUUGAUAAUUCCUUAGUUCACAUCUUUUUAAUGGACAGUAAAUUUGUGUUCUGUUUAAAAUUUAUACUUAAAUGAACACUAUAGUAACCUGAAUAACUACAGCUUAAUGUAAUUGUUCUGGUGUCCAUAGCAGGGCUUGCCAAGUUUUCUUGAAAUCUAGGAGACAGCUAAAAAAGUUAGGAGCCAGAUUUUUCAACGUCAUAAAUACAAUUCUGUUAAGGGACUUUAGUCACCAGAACCACUACAGCUUAAUAUAGUUGUUCUGAAGUCUAUAUACUGUCCCUGAAUGCUUUUCAAUGUAGACACUGACUUAUCAGACUAAAGGCAGGGUUUACAUUUCUGUCUGGUAACACCUCUUGUAGUAAUCACUCAGAUGGCCUCUAAAAGUGCUUCCCCGGUCAGGGAAAUUAAUGCUUCCUCAAAAUGUUUUUCUAUGGGAAAGCAUUGGAUUGCCUGAGAUCAUCAAGAUUGAUGAUCUCAACCAUUGAGGUGGGGCCAGCCGCAGAGUCACCAGCAUGGUGUGGGAAAAAGAGUGAGUUAAACACCUUUCCCAUGUGAUUGGAGGGGGACAGGUCACUUAAACAUACACACUCACUGACAUACACACUCAUUUGAUACACACACUAACUGGCAGACACACACACUAACUGGCAGACACACACACUGACAGGCAGACACUCACUCACUGACAGACACACACACAUACACUCACUCACUAACAGACAGACACCCAUACACACACUUACUCGCUGACAGGCACACACACACAUACACACUCUCUCACUGACAGAUACACACUCACCCACUGACAGACAGACACACGUACACACACUUACAGACAAACAUACGCACACUUACUGACAGAAACACACACUCACUUACAGACACACAUACACGCACUGAUUUCACACACUCACUGAUUUCUCACACACACACAUACACUGCAACACUCACUCACAAAUCAUUACUUUUAUUAUUUUAAAUCAACCCAGCUGGAGUAGAUUAGCUUUCCCUGUCGUACAGCUGUCAUCUCUCUGCUUUGCUCCCUAGAGCGCUGUUUAGUGAUGAGGGACGGAAUUAUGUAAUAUUCCGGCUCCCGGCAUCACUGGAUGGCGCGCCGGGGAGCAGAGCAUGGAGGUUACAGCUCCCUCGCCACCGCACUCAUUUACCCGCCCACCUACCUCCCUCCUUAUACAGUCAUUAGCCUCUCUCCCUCAGCUCUCAGUGAGCCAACUGUCUGCCUGCCUACCCGCCUAAGCCCUGCGUGAGUCGACUGCCUGCUUCCAAUCUCGACAGCUGCUCACCUCAGGGGCUGAACAGGCUCACAAAUCCCAGGGAAUUGUUGAGCCCAGGUCUAUAGCAUGUCCCUAUAGGCAUUUUCAUGUAAACCCAGCAUUUUCUGAGAGAAGGCAAUGUUUACAUUACUGCCUAGUAACACCUCUACUGACAAUCACUCAGGUGGCCACUAGAGGUGUUUCCUGGGUCAGUGCUGACACUCUGCAUGGAGACACUGAACACUCCCCUAUGAGGAGAUGCUGAUAGCCUCCCAGUGCUUACUACGGGAAAGGAGAAAAUCAAAUUUGAUGAUCUCAGCCAUGGAAGAGGGGGAGGAGGGGCCAGCCACCUCGAGAUUGGCGCAGCACUGGAAACAAGGUGAGUAAAAGCACCUUUUUAUUGCAAAUAGUAGUUAUUUAACCACUAUAGUGUCAGGAAAACAUGUUUGUGUAUAUGACACUAUAGUGUUCCUUUAGGAUAAAUUAGGUACUCCACUUCUCAAUUUCACCUGGCUGCAAGGUUUAUGACUGAUGGCUUUUGCCAUUGCCAGAAACUCUGUACCUGAGCUAAGCCUGCCCAUGCAUGGCUUAAUUCACUGACUAAGACUGUGCUGCUGACAGUGUCAGCCAAUGAGCUGCAAGUACUAUAGGGUGUAGCUCGGGAGAGCUAACAGAAGCUUCCUGCAGGAAGAGGAGAAGCAGGAACUGCCGAUCGCCAUUCCCAAGUAAGACUGUUAGCAAAUGUUUGACUACUUACAUGGGGGAAUGCCCAGGCACUCCUGGCACCAUUAGCACUGCAGCAUGCUGUAGUGGUUAUGGUACUUGGAUUGGUCCUGUAAUUAUUAAAUAACUUAAUUCUAUAUGUAUAGCAUUUUAGUUCCUUCUAUUUUACAGGAAAACAUGAUUCCAGUGUUUCUUGGAGCUGAUGUUGUUGCGCAGACAGGAAUUCGGACGGAGAACCACCCAAAACUCCAUGCAAAGUUUGCAAAGAAAGGAUUGGCAGCAAAGCUUAAUUUUAGUGCUGGUAGGGAUCAUUUAAUGGACUAUUUGCCAUGUCGCCAUUAUGGACAGAGUAAAACCUUUUCAAAGGAUGAGUGUAGUACUAUGUGAUUAAUAUAUUUAUAGGUAAUCUAGUCCUCAGCAGAGAAAUCAUUUUUUAACUCCUGCUGUCAGUUAGAGCCUGUAUUGCAGAUUUGUCAUCUGCAUUUAAGUACCACUGUCAUACCUAAAAUAACUCGGUGACACAUAGCUUAAAUCAAUUCAUAAAAAUAACCGUGUCCUGUUCUUUUCUCUAAUAUCCAAAAAUGUGCAGUUUUAUCACAUGCUACAGUAUUGAAUGUUUGCACGGAUUGAUCUAGCUUGUACCUGCUGUUGUUUUUAAUCUCAAUGGACAAAAAAAAUAAAGAAUAAAAAAAAAUGAGUUAGUGCAAAUAUCAGUGGCACUAAGUGCCAGUUAAACAGACUACUGGCAUACAGCCAAUGCAAUCGAUAUGGUGUAAGUCUCACCUCCUCCCACAGUUACCUAAAUCCAUGUGCUCUGCUAGCUGUAAUUACUCUUACGGUGCCACAGCCAAGAGCAAAACAAUAUUUUGUAGGGACACUUUGGAAAAACCCUGGUGGAUAGAAAUUCACUCCCAGGUUAGUGUGCCAUGGACACUGCAGGCGUACAGUGGCAACUGAGUAACUUUUUAGACUGUUUAUUAACACAGGAUUUUAAAUAUAUAGUAGAAAAUGGGUGCAUUCAUUUUUCAGAAAAUUGUAAGUGGCAUUUUUCUUGUUUUACCUUACCACAUAUAGAAUAUUCUACACUAUAUUCUGGUUUUUUUGUCCUCAUAUUUUUUUCAUACUUACCACCAUACGAGUUUGAGGACACCCAGAAGGCGCUGCUUCCCUGUACCCUUUCCAUUUUUAUUUAUAUAUAAUAUAUAUCCUUUUUUAGCACUACUUUAAUGCAGGUGUUUUUUUAAUUUAUUUAAUCUUUUCAGAUUUCAAGUUUGAGAAGUUGCGGCUACCUGGUGCAGUGAACAGUCUGUGGUUUUAUAGCAUUCAAGGUGUAUUUAGAGUAGCGUUUGACUUAUACAGCAGAGAAGAUCAGCUGGCUGUCAUUGAAAGUUUACAGGUAUCUCCUCACUGUUGACUGUGUGAAUCCAUUGUUAGAGUUUUACAUAUAAUAUGCAGCAUUGACACAUUAUAUAUUGCUAUGCUCCAGAUGGAAAUGAACAUAAGCAAAUGAACGUGAACUUGUGUGUACAUGUUCCUCUAAAGUAAUGAGAUGAAAAUGUAACAUUUAGUAUUUCAUUCAGCCAAUCUAAAUAUGGGAAAUCUAUAUGGAAUAAUAUGUUGAAUCCUACACAAAAAUAUGACUUUUAUAGUUUUUGCCAGUCUGCAUCAAAAUGUUGUGUUAAGAUACAAUUAAUAUAUCUAUCAUUGCCUGUUUCAGGAGCUCUGGAAGAGUCGACUUAAAGAUGGGCCACUCAACAACUGUUAUAUCUUAAAGAAGUGCCUUAGCAACUCAGAAAAUGUUCUAAAGAGCUACAACUAUACCAAUCAAUCGUCAGCCCAGGAACAGUUGAUGGCUUGUUCUUCGGAUUUUGUACACAAAACUCCAAAAAUGAAUUCCAGAAGUCUUGCCGUUACUGCAGUAACUGAACACAAUUACUGUAAGUCAAGUUUAAGUCCUGGUCAGGAUGCCACAUACAAUGAUGUUAUCUUCGAGCAAGCAAAAAACCUGUUGGACCUUUGUACAGAUAAAGUGAUCUGCCUUAGUGGACAGUUAAGGACGGCUGUUCUAACACUGUUUGAUAUCUUACAUCAAGCACUCCAGGGACAACACAAUCUGGAGCAAAUGAUCUUAAGUAUAGUGCAGCUUUUAGACACAGCAAGUUAUAUGUUUGACAAAGACACUGUACAGACAGAACACCCUUCAGUUUAUGAUAACAGUUUGUUGUUUGAGGUCAGCAGCUGGCUCGGGAGCCGGUUCCAGAGAGAGAAUGAAUGCAUAAGCCAACAGGUAGAAGAGUUUAAAAGGAAACAUAUAGAUCGCAUCUCAGACCUUCCUCCUGCUGAGGAACUGGUUGAUGCUUUGUUUCCGAAGGCAAUGAAAGUUCUCUUACUCAACUGGAUGGGCCUCGCUGAUAAGGCGUCUGUAUCAAAACUCCAGAGUGAAUACCCAAUUCUACUCCUUAUAUUAGAAUUUGCAAAUCGAAAUCUAAUCACAGGUGUUGCCCAUGUUUUAUACUCUACACUUAUAUGUAAGUAGUGCGGAUGUGCUAACCCUCAUUGUUUUAUUUGGAGGUGGGAGGCGUGUUCUGUGGAAGGAUUAGAAUGCAUAUUGCAUGCUUUUUUGCUUGCUAUCAAAACAGACUUUUAAUUGUUGAAUGCAUUAUAUAGUUUUAUUGAUAUAUCUUCUCUCCAUAACUACAAAAGUGCAAAUUAAUCCUAAAAUAUGUUUACAUAUGCCAUAACCCAGUGUAUAACUCAGAAAAGUAUACUUACUCAUUUUAAAGGUUUAGACUUUUUAACACAUUACAUUAUUAUUGCUGUUCAAAUUAAAAUCUUUCAAUGUUUUUGUUUAAUGCAUAAAUGUAAACAUUAAGUGCCUCCCCAAAAAACGAUGACUAUGGAAUAAGAAAUAAUGUGAUACUGUAUACUGGCUGUACAUCACUCAAACAUAAAGCAAGUUAGAGUGCUUUAACCCCUUAAGGACCAAACUUCUGGAAUAAAAUGGAAUCAUGACAUGUCACACACGUCAUGUGUCGUUAAGGGUCUGGAGUGUGCCUCUAAACAUUUAUUGGUUUUGUAGGUGUUUCCUACACCUGUAGGAAACACCUACAGUUUUACUCAUUAAACUGGGAUAUAUGGAGAACUGGUAUGAAAAUUGCAAAUCAUCGUCGAAAAUAUGUGUGGAAUUGGAAAAAUUCUUCAUGAGGGCUCUUUUCCAGCUACAUUAUUUAGGCCCAUGAUUUACACUUCCUUUAUCAAUUCUCCACAUUUGUAAUAUGGCAUCCAACUGUCAAAUAUAUUCUUACUGAUUUUCUAAUGAGAUAAAUCCACCACAAUUUACUUAACUUAAUCUAUAAAACUAACAAACUAACCCUUAUUAAUUUAAGGCAUAUUUAAAGGUAUAAGACCAUCUACCCUUGGGCCUAUUUGCACUACUUGAUUCCUAAUGCAACAGAAUGUGUGUAAUGUUACUGCACAUUGACAGUCCCGUGGCAAUCGCAUGUUGAACAGAGUUAGCCCUGUACAUGGUGCAGUGGCAAAAACAAUGAUGUGUAUGGUUUAUCUAGGCAGGAAAAUGCUUAAAGGAAUAGACCCGACGACCUGGCUGCAAAUCAGUAUUUGAACACUACAUUUAGUAUACUACUUUUUAAAGGCAAAUUUACUAUAAAGCUUAAAUAUAAAUUAGAGGUAAAACAUAAGCAUACAACAAAAAGGAAAACAUUACAGUAGGGUUCUUAUAUCCCUCCAAUCUUCCAGAUUUAUAGAAAUCCUUCAAGCACCAUAACCACUACAACCCUCUUAGUGGUUAUGGUGUCAAGACUGCCCUGGUGCCCUCCCAGGCUAAAUAGUCAAACCGUUUGCAAGCCUGAGCCAGAAACUGCUGCACAGAACUUCCAUCAGUCGCCUGACCUAAGCCCCGCAGUGUAGAGCUGACUUAUUGGCAGUAAGCAUUACCUGAGCACACUCAGCCAGUAAGCAAAGCCCUGCAUUGCCGGGCAAGCUCAGAGAAAGAUGCUUCUGGUUCUUCUGGAGCAGGGGUUCCCAACCCAGUCCUCUGUACCCCCCAGUUCAGGGUUUAGGGAUUACCCAGUUAUGUCUAAAGUGUUGGUUUUUUUGUUCUGUUUUCUUGUUUUUUUCUGUUUGUUUUUAAACACCUUAGACUAAACUGGGUAAUCCCUAAAUCUUGGACUGUUAGGGAUACUUGAGGACUGGGUUGGGAACCGCUGUUUUAGAGGAAAUGACAGGCAGGUAAUCUAGGUUGUCAAGCUAUUUUGCAAACUCACCUUGGGAGGGUGCCAUGGCAUUCCUAGCACCAUAAACACUGCGGCUUGCUCUUUCUGUAACCGCUUUCUUAAAUCUAUCCCAUUGUACAGCGCUACGGAAUCUGAUGC